UGCUAUGAACAUAUGAUGCAUCUGCUUGGGAAGUCAAUAAUUCUGAAAGCGGGUGGCAAAUUAGGACACGAAGCAGGGUGAUAUUAAAAGCCUCCAUAGCCUCCCUCCUUCUGCUGCCAAGUAGUGGGUGGAUUGUUUUUCUAGUUUUUCAAUAAUUAGCACUUUAAUCAUGUUUGGUUGUGGUAGCAGUAUAGUGUAGGUCAAUAAACAUGGGAGCUGAUUAGUCUGUGACUCCAGGUCACCCUGGCGAAUUGAAAUGUCCCAACUGGAAAAACACUCAGCUGCCCAAAAUCCCAGUUUCGUUCUUUAAUCCAGCAUGUAUCACAUCAGGCAGUCUGCUGAGUGAUUGAUCUGUUCAUCUUAACAAAUUUGGGAGAAAAAUGCUUUUGUUGUUAAAGCUUCCUCUGGAUUUGUGAUGGAUAGUGGAAAAAUCACAGCCGGGCAAGGCCUAGGAUAGAUCAUCAAUGACCAAAGAGAAAUGAACUGUUGGAUUCUCAAAAAACCCAGUGCCAUUUUUCUGCAUAUUAUAUUUUGUUUUGAGUGCUGUGCAUGUGUGUUGAGAGCCAUACAUGUGCUUACCAAACAGAAAUCUUUACAUGUGAUCAAAUACCUAAAAUACCCUAAUAUAAUAUGCAAACAUUUGUUUGGUAUUCAGUACUAAGGACUGAAAAUUCAGAUCUUACUCAAAUCUUAACAUAAUGAUAAUGCAUUUAUGUAUUCUCUUCAAAUGCACAAAUCUUCAGCAAGAACAUACCUACGACGAAAAUAUAGCGUCUAUUUAAACAAUUAUGGACGUAUGCUGCCCUCUUGUGGGAAUUCUGUGAAGCGACGACGCAUUGUAGCCCCAGUUUUACCAGAUUUCCUGAGAAGUUGAGUUACACGUCAGAAUGUAACCUGUACUGGUGAGCGGACGUGUACUGUGACCUCACCAGUUCCUGCGUAUCAGCUGACCCCGGAUACAAGGAGACAUGGAACGUGUAGCCGAUAUGCCUAACAACGGCGGGUUCUCCAUGGCUGGCAUUUCCCCCACUCCACGUAAGAGGCAGGUGCGGUUCUCUGCCCGGCAUGACAUCCUUCUGCUGCGUGAAGUCAUUGCUCAGAACCCUUUCUCCUCCAAAGAGCCCGGCAGGAUUUGGGCCAAAGUGGGUGAAAUAAUCACGGCUGCCCUGCAGGACGAGAGCUUUGAGGUGGAUGCCAGGCGCUGCCGUGAGAGGACCGCCCUUCUGCUGGAUUACUAUAAGAAGCAGGACUUCAGCAGCUUGCGCAGGUUUGGGACAGAAAGACUUUAUGCCCAGAAGGAGGAUCUCUUACAUGAAGUCCUGGAGCUGGAGGCAGAGAAGGGCCUCAUGGGAAGUGGCGAGAGUAAGUACCAGGAUGAAGAGCUUCGGAAAAGAGCGAUAGAGGAGCUGCCGCUGCCGGAGCAGGACAAACCCAACGUGAUGCCCAACCAGACAGCUCCUCCUACAGCAGCCCCUACCCCAGAGCCAGAGGAGCAGGAGGAGCUACCUGACCUGGCAGCACCUACAGCCAAGCGGCCGUGUCAGUGCUGCUGCCAGACCUACUCCGAGAUCCUCAGCUUCCUGGAGAAACGGUCGGAGGCGGAGCACCGUCUGCGCGAGGAGGAGAUGGCCCUGCGACGCGAGGAGCUGGAGAUCCAGCGGAGCAAGAUCGCGCUGGAGAGGGAGAGACUGGGCGCCGAGAGGAAGGAGCGCGAGCGCCGCUUCGAGCUGGAGAGCCAGGAGAGGCAGGUCAUCCUGGAUCUGCUCAAAGAGAAAGUGCUGAAAGGCUGAGGCCUUGAUGAGAUACGGCUGGACUGUAGUGAAAUUGCAGGAAAGGAUAAAAACAUUUCUGCCUUUUAAAAUGAGACAUAAAUCCUUUGGGUCAAGCUUUGCAAAGUAGAGCUGGUUUGGUUUUAGAAUCAUACAUGGCAGCUGAUUCUUCGGUUAGAAGGAAGCGUUUAUUUGUAGAAGGCCCCUGUGAAAUGAACCGGAGGACCCCCACUGUUAUGCUUGUUUGUUGUAUCGGAGCAUUUUUGGCUCAGCUAAGUGCCACGGCCCUCAUGACUGGGCUGAAAUGGAUGCAAGAAAGAAAUAUAAGUAUGGAUUAAGCAGGUGGAAUCCAAGGCGAAACAUUUAUCUAGUAGUUUUCCACGUUUAACACUGCAUUUCUGCUCAAGGGCUAAAGCACUGGGCAAAUAAAGGUUUGUGCGGGUGAAGCAAAAGGUGGUCUUAUCACCCAGUCACUCACUAAAUAUGAUGAUGUGUCAUUUCACCUCUCUUGCCCGUAGGUGUAAUCAAUGAAUUGGCCGCAUACAAUGAAUUAUGUGUACCUUUACAGCUAUAUGUAAGAAUUUUUAUUUUUGUUUGAAUGCUGCUGCUUUGCCAUGAGAGGGCCCAGUGAUUUAUAGAUAUGCACAUGUAAAUAAUAAUUUGUUGCUGAUACUGUAAAAAUCAUUUGUAUAGUUCUAGAUUAUGCCUUCAGCAUAAACGUGUAUUUUAGUCAAUUUUUGAAAUGUAUUUUAUACUGGCAUUCUAUUUUGUUUGUGCUAAAUUAAAAAGCGAAUAAAAAAAUGUGGGUGAUUUUCA